GGGAUAUGUACACCUUGACUGUUGUAGCUGAUGAUGGAGGACCUAAAAAGGACUCCACUGUGAAAACUUAAUGGCAUUCCUCUUUUAUUCAUUGCUUCUCUCAUUGGGAGUACAGAAGGUUUCAAUCACCAUUCUGGAUGAGAAUGACAACAGUCCAGAGUUUGACAUCACAUCUGAUACUGCAGUGGACAUCCCAGAAAACACACCCAUGGGGAGAAAAGUGGCAGUAGUGCUCGGACGGGACAGGGAUGCUGGACUGAAUGGACUGGUCAAUUUCACUUUGGUGGCAGGCAACAUGGAGGAUGUGUUCAAGAUCAAGACAGUGAACCACACCUACGGGGAGGUUUAUGUCAAUGCUCCUCUGGACAGAGAGUCAGUAGACCGCUACCUACUGAAGGUGCGUGCCAGCGACAACGGCUCACCUCCCAGACACACAGACCACUCCCUCACCAUCAACAUCCUGGACGUCAAUGACAAUUCACCUGUUAUUGAAAGCCAGAGGGGCUAUAACGUCAGCAUAAGUGAGAAUGUUGGAGGAGGAACGUCAGUCCUCCGUGUGAUGGCUACUGACCGAGACAUCGGUCCCAACGCCAUGCUGUUUUACUACAUAACCGCCGGAAACCAGGACCUGACCUUCCGCAUGGACCGUGUGACAGGAGAGAUGGUGACACGGCCGGCCCCCCCUGACCGAGAGCGCCAGCAAGAGUACCGACUCACCGUCACCGUAGAGGAUGAUGGGACGCCACCGCUGUCGACCUCAACCACCAUCUAUGUCCACAUUGUGGAUGAGAACGACAACGCUCCCGAGUUUCCUGAGGAGGAGUACGUCACGGUGCUGAGUGAGGGACCAGACACAGUGGGUGCCACCAUCGCCACGGUAACAGCCAUCGACCCAGAUGAGGGUUUGAACGGCACCUUGCGGUACGCUAUCGCUCAUGGCAACCUGAUCCAGACCUUUCACAUCAACAGCAUCACGGGGAGAAUUACUGCUGUGAAGGAGCUGGACUAUGAAAUCAGCAAUGGACACUACGCUCUGGUUGUCACAGCAACGGACCAGUGUCCCAAACCUGCUCUUCGCUUGACAUCUAGCACGACAGUGCUGGUAAACGUCCUAGAUGUGAACGAUGUGACACCCACUUUCCCCCGAGCCUAUGAGGGACCGUUUGAGGUUACUGAGGGCCAGCCAGGACCUCGGGUCUGGACGCUCAAAGCCAGCGAUGAAGACUCUGGGCUCAACGGCAAAGUGGAGUACAGCAUCACCGGUGGAGAUCACCAGAAUGAGUUCAUGGUUUCCCCAGUGGAGGGAGAGCUGCGGGUGAGGAAGGAUGUGGAGCUGGACAGAGAGACCACGGCCUUCUACAACAUCACCGUCACAGCCCGAGACCUGGGCACCCCAUCUCGCAACAGCUCGGUGGUGGUGGGGGUCCGUGUCCUAGACAUCAAUGACAACGACCCAGUCCUCCUGAACCUGCCUUACAACACCAGUGUGAGCGAGGGCGCCUCCAUACACACCUCUGUGGCCAGAGUGAGAGCGAACGAUGCGGACAGCGGACGCAACGCUCUGCUCACUUAUAACAUCACUGCCGGCAACCAGGACGGAGCCUUCUACAUCAACGACACAACAGGUGUGGUGCAGGUGAACAGACCGCUUGACAGAGAGCGAGUGGCGGAGUACAGGCUCACCAUCACUGUCAAAGACAACCCCGAGAACCCCCGCAUCGCUCGCAGGGAUUCAGACCUCCUGGUGAUAACCAUUCUGGAUGAGAAUGACAACAGGCCUAUAUUCACCAGGACCAGCUACAGGGCUGAAAUCACUGAGAACUCUGCAGCAGGCAGUACAGUAACAGUGCUGAAUGGGCCUGUUCUGGCUGAGGAUAAAGACAUUGGCCCCAAUGCGGUGGUGAAGUACCGCCUGCUGGGAUCCAGGGUGGACCUCUUUACUGUGGACGCUGACACUGGUGUGAUCCUGGUGCGUCAGGGGGCGAGGUUGGACCGCGAGGCAUUUCAGGAGCCGCGGGUAGAGCUGUUUCUGGUCGGGGAGGACGUAGGAGGUUUAAACAGCAGUGUCCCUCUGACAGUUACCAUCCUGGACCAGAACGACAACCCUCCUGUCUUCAGCCCAUCCAGUUUCAGUGUUCGACUCCCUGAGAACAGCCCCACUGGUGUGGUGGUGACUCAGCUGUCCGCCACUGACGCUGACUCCGGCUCCAACGGCUGGCUGAUGUACCGGCUGGAGAGCGGCGCUCAGGACCGCUUCGUGGUGGACCCGCUCUCCGGUGCCGUCUUGGUGGGCAACACCACCCUCGACAGAGAAGAACGUGGGUCCUACCGCCUGGUCGUCGUGGCAACCGACCGCGGCACACCCCCCUUGUCGGGCACCGCCACCCUGACGGUAAUCCUGGACGACGUAAACGACUCGCGGCCCCGUUUCAUAGAUCCUAUAACCAUGAUAAGCGUCAACGAGUCCACGCCGCCUGGCGUGGUGGUGGCCACGCUGACCGCUGAGGACCCAGACCUGCAUCCCCGCCUGGAGUACUACAUCAUCUCAGUGGAGGCAAAGGAUGAUGGGAACAACCCAGUGGAUGGCCUGCAGGAGUCCUUUGGCAUUGAUUUACACACUGGUGCAGUGUUUGUCCGUAACCCACUGAACAGAGAGCUGGUAGCCACAUUUGAGAUCAUUGUGUCCGUACAUGACAAUGCCAGUGAAGUUAUUGACAAGUCAGGGAGCGUUCCCAACGCGAGACUCACCAUCAACGUGCUGGAUGUGAAUGACAAUGCGCCUCGUUUCCGGCCCUUUGGAGUGUCCAACUUCACAGAGAAGAUUUUAGAGGGAGCUCAGCCGGGCACCACGCUGCUGUCAGUGUCAGCUGUAGACCCAGAUAAAGGUCCCAACGGCCAGGUCAUCUACCAGCUGCUCCACCUGCCCCGAGGGGAAUACGUUAGACUGGAGGACCCUUCCAUUGGCAAGAUUGUGGCCAACAAGACAGUGGAUUUUGAGCAGGUGCAGUGGCUGAAUUUUACGAUUCGGGCCCAAGACCACGGCUCCCCUCCCAGGAUCGCUGAGCUGCCAGUUUAUCUGCGCAUCGUGGAUGUCAAUGACAACAACCCAGUUUUCCUACAACCAUCAUAUCAGGAGCCUGUGUUUGAGAACGUGAACCUGGGCACCACCAUAGUUCGGGUCAGUGCUACAGAUGCUGAUUCUGGCCUCUUUGCCGUCAUUGAGUACAGCCUGGUCGACGGAGAGGGCAAGUUUGGCAUCAAACCGUCCACUGGAGAGAUCUACAUCCUCUCCCCUCUGGACAGAGAGACAAAGGACCAUUACACUCUAACUGCCAUCGCCCGGGACAACCCUGGCGGCAGCCCCAGCAACAGACGAGAGAACUCUGUCCAGGUCCUGGUGACGGUUCUCGAUAUCAACGACUAUCGGCCGCGGUUUACAGAGCGAGUGUUCAACACCAGCGUGUUUGAGAAUGAGCCCAGUGGGACGUCUGUGAUCACGGUGAAAGCUAUUGACCUGGAUGAAGGAGAGAACGGAGCGGUCCUCUACAGCAUGUUGGGACCCCAUUCAGAUGCCUUUUCCUUGGAUCCAAACACAGGACUGGUGCGCUCUCGCCGUCUGCUCCAGUCUUCUGAACGCUUCAACCUGACUGUGGUGGCCACCGACCAGGGACGUCCUCCCCUGUGGGGCACUGCAGACCUGAUCAUCACGGUCAUAGACGUCAAUGACAACAGACCUGUGUUUGUCAGGCCAGCUAAUGGAACUAUCAUCCAUAUCUCAGAGGAGCAGCCUCCAGGCCUUCCUGUGUAUGAGGUGCACGCGACAGACUCUGAUGAGGGCGUGAAUGGAGAGGUCCGCUACGCCUUCCUGCAGACCGGAGCAGGUAACAGAGACUGGGAGAACUUCCACAUCGACCCCAUAUCUGGAGUCAUCACGACAACUGUGAAACUGGACCGAGAAAAACAGGCCCUCCACAGCCUUAUCAUCGUGGCCCGGGACAUGGGCCAGCCAGUGCCUUACGAGACCACACAGCCUCUGCAGGUUGCACUGUUGGACAUUGACGACAAUGAACCUGUCUUCCUUAAACCACCGCGUGGCAGUUUGCCUUACCAGAAGUUGACAGUGCCUGAGCACUCCCCUCCAGGAACUGUGGUGGGGAACAUAACCAGAGCUGUGGACGCCGACGAAGGCGCCAACGCCAUCGUUUACUACUUUAUUGCAGGGGGAAACAGCGAUGGAAACUUUGGCUUGAGUCUGGAUGGAGAGCUGAAGUUGAAUAAGGAUCUGGACCGGGAGGAGAUCCCCGUCUACUCCAUCAUCAUCAAGGCUUCCAGCAACAGGAGCUGGACUCCUCCCAGGGGUCAGAGGGCGGCACGGGCCAAAGCCCUGGACCCUGCCCGUGACCCCAGCCUGCUGGAAGUCCGCAUCGAACUAGAGGACAUCAAUGACCAGAAACCACGCUUCACUAAGGCAGAGUACACCGCAGGAGUUGCAGCGAAUGCCAAAGUGGGCUCAGAGUUGAUCAAGGUUGUGGCUAUAGACAAUGACAUUGGCAACAACAGUGUGGUGCAGUACCACAUCGUCACGAUCCGCUACUUUCAGUCACAGAGCAACGGCAGCGAGGAUGUUGGCAGCAUCUUCACCAUCGGUUUGGCAGACGGUAUGAUCAGAACCUACGACCUCUUCACCGCCUACAAUCCAGGCUACUUUCAGCUGGAGAUUUUGGCGUGCGAUUUCGCCGGACACAGCACCACCACCAACGUCAAUAUCUACAUUCUCCGGGACGACCAGAGGGUCAAGAUAGUCUUCAACGAGAUCCCCGAUUUGGUCCGGGAAAACCAGGAAGACUUUCUCAACUUGCUGUCCAACAUCACCGGAGCCAUUGUCAACUUAGACGACAUACAGUUCCAUGUGGAUAAGAAGGGCAGGGUGAAUUAUGCACAGACUGACAUGCUGAUCCAUGUUGUCAACAAUCAGACCAACACCAUCCAGGAUGUUGAAAGGGUGAUCCAGAUGAUCGAUGAGAACAAGGAGCAGCUGAGAAACCUGUUCAGGAAAUACAACGUCGUGGACGUUCAGCCCGCCGUCGGUGACAAACUGCCCGAUGACAUCUCCACGCUACAGCUGGUCAUCAUAAUCCUGGCUGUGCUGCUGUGCUUGGCAGGAAUUUUGUUUGUCACAAUGAACUGGCACUAUCGUAGACUACACCAGAGGAAGCUGAAAGCGAUCGUUGCAGGAUCAACAGGAAACCAGGGUCUGAUGGAUAUCCUGGACAUGCCCAACACUAACAAGUACUCAUUUGAGGGGGCUAAUCCGGUGUGGCUGGACCCGUUCUGUCGUAACCUGGAGCUGGCCGCUCAGGCUGACCACGAGGACGACCUGCCUGAGAACCUGAGUGAGAUAACGGACCUGUGGAACAGCCCUGCACGCACUCACGGUACAUUUGGCCGAGAGCCUCAAGCGAAGCCAGAGGACGAUCGUUACCUGAGAGCAGCCAUUCAGGAGUACGACAACAUCGCUAAACUGGGCCAGAUCAUGAGGGAGGGGCCGAUCAAGGGUUCCCUGCUCAAGGUGGUCCUGGACGACUACCUGAGGCUGAAAAAGCUCUUUGCAGCCCGACUGGUCACCGUGUCCACGAGCCAGGGAGAUCACUCGUCAGUCACUGAGCUGAUCCAGAGUGACCUGGACGACGACGAGGACGAGCACCUGGGCAUGGGCGGAGGUCGCGGCACUCUGCGCUUCAAGCACAAGCUUCCUGUAGAGUUGAAGGGUCCCGAGGGUGUGCACGUGGUCCACGGCAGCACGGGCACCCUCCUGACCUCUGACCUCAACAGUCUGCCAGAGGACGACCAGCGGGCCCUGGCACGUUCUCUGGAGGCGCUGAACGCCGACGGGGGGCUGUAUUGUGAGCGCAACGCCCGCACAGAGUCGGCCAAGUCCACCCCGAUGCACCGUCACAAGGACGGGGACACCCUGUCGGAGAGUCCCCUGGAGAUCACAGAGUUAUGACUAGCCGAGGCCUCGCUGGUCUGAGCGCAACCAUGACUCGUGUGUGUCCUUGUGCCUCCACAUCGCCACCCUGACAAGGUUAGGGAGCACUGGAGGAGGAGUGUGUGUAGUCUAGGGAACCUCAUCAGCCAACCUCAGUGCAUCAGUGAGAGGAUUUACUGGUUGGUUUGAGUGUUAUGUUGAAGAUGGUCGCUCUUUUGGUGCUUCAGGAGAAGACUUAUUCAAAUCAGCUUUAGGAAAUGGAAGAUCACAAGCAGGGCCCUGGUCCUCAGCGAGACAAAGUCAAGUGGUGUCAUCGACUUUCAUCCAAAGAGCCGAGUGUAAAGAGAGACUAAGCCUCCCUGUGGGAGAAGCUUGUUGAACCAUGACCUUAAAAAUCAUCAAAAAGGUGCCUCAUUUUCACUAACCCUUCUGAAGUCAUACCUGGACUGCAGACACUCAUACAAACACAAAUACACACACUCAAGAAGAUUAAACUACACACACUCAGACCAGCGGAUGGCCAUCAAUGGGACAAUAAUGACGCAAAAUCCCUAUCAUGUUCUAAUGUUUUUUUCUUUCUGCAAAACGAUGCAAUCAGUGCUGAGGGAGUGAGGGUGGAACAGUUAAGACUUUUCUCUUUCAGAUAUUAGACACAUUCUGUCGCUGGGAAAUUACUGGUGGACAUUUACUGCAGAGUUUUCCCCAGUGAAGCUUAUGGAGCAGAGUUUUCACCUGACUGCAGGAGGAAGAAGAGCAGUUGUUAAACUCCCAAUCUGCAGGGUAGCAGUGAAUAUUCAGACCCUGGUCCUGCUCUCCUUUUUAUAGCACGAACUGAAUCAGUCAUGUACAAGGAGACUCCACUGAAGCGAUGAAUGAAGAUGGAUGACCGUUGUCUCAGACUGGAGCCACGUGAAGGAAAAAAAAUAGAAUCUUUUAUGAGUAAUUUGAUAUUUAAGGCAGUACAGAAAGCCUUGGAAAAGACUUAUAAAUGGAAUUAUUAAAAAAAAAAAAAAAAGAUUUAUCCCACUUUUAUAGACAUAAAGAUGGCACUGUGGCCACAGAGACUUUACACUGCCACCUGAGGGAGUAAAAGAGUCACGCUCAACAUGAGCGACGUUUGCUUUAUUUUUUUAUUUUAUAGAAAAUGUGAUGGAAUCAAAAGAUAUUUUUGAAGAAAAAUGCUGGCUUACCAAAAUAGGUAGGGAUAAUUUUGGAUGUUUGGAGUAUGUGUAUAUUGUGCUAUGGUGACAUAUGUUGUUCAGUUUUCCUUUAUAAUGACAACUGUUUCUGAUGAGUGGUGUGUUUUUAAAAUUAAUUUUUUAUAUUCCCAUUUUGUAAGGUUUUAUUUCUUUGUCAUUAUCGUCACCAGCCCUGAGAUCUGUGUUGGGAAAUGUUGUUGGAUGAUAUGUGAUAAUUAAAGAAAUAUGCAACAGCCUCUGACCUCAGACAGUGACGGGAGAGCAGAUAGAAACAGUGUGGCAAAAUAAAAGAGCCAAGGAGACAGUAAGAGAAGUUGGAGAAUAUGAGGAACCUUAAUGACUCAUGACGCUAAAUAUUUGUCCCCCAUGACGACUACAAUGACUUCCAUCGUACUCACAGGUCCAAUAUGAACAGACAGUUUAAGAGAAACACAACUCCAACAAUAAUGUGGCUUUGUGUCAUUUCCCUGUUUUUCAAAACUCAGCAUGAGGCAGUAAGUGAGUUUGGUAAAUACUGCCAUCUAGUGGUUAUUAAGAGUAACCUGGGAGGAAGGAGGAAACAAUCACAGGUUUUAGCACACUACUCCAUCCUUUUAUUGUUACCAAGUUACAUAGAAAAGUUUUCAUCAUUAAUAUUUGUCAAAAAGCCUGAAAGAGACUGAGGGAGCAGAGGCCUUCUUCAGACUCCUCGGGCCGCGGCGCUCGCUGA